AUGAUAUUGUCUCUACUCCUCGUUGCUCAGCUAGAUGUGCAUACAUGCAAUCAUGAUCUUGAAAUGGGUAACAUAACAAGAGAACUUCAAGGACCUCAAUCAUAUCGCAGCCUUAAAAAUACCGAAUGGAAAAACAUCAGAAUUAAGGUAGAUUAUAAUUAUAUUGAUAAUAGAAAAGAUGAUGCGCGAACAUGUACAUGGGUUGGACAAAUCGUAACAUUCCAAGGCGUAAGAUACACUUGUAAGAGGGAGCAUAUUUUGACAUAUUCAAAAAUUUUGGCUAUUAAAGGAACACUUAAUAAUGUCAAAUCAUAUUUAGAGAGACUUCUUACAGUAAUUCCAUUCAAUUAUAAUAUUGAUUAUGUGGACUUUCGUAGCCCUUAUGGAUACGAGACGAAUUUUGGCAAACAAAGCGCAUACGGUGCCGAUAUAGUACUUGCAGUACUUUCAAGACCGAGACAGGAUAAUGAUGCUACUCUCGCAUCAGCUGCUGGAUUAGCAGAAGAGAGAACAUAUCACAGACCAAUAUUUGGUGUCGUUUUCUUAAAUCCAAUGGCAGUUCCUGAUACAGCACAAGAUGAAAACUCAAAGAUUCAAGAUUCUUUUAUACUUGCGUUCACGAAAUUUUCCAUGCUUUGGGUAUUUCUCAUCAGAUUUCCGACACUAUCAUCCACAUGA